AUGGGUCUCCCAGACCCAGCAGAAACACCAGACUACACUUCCUGGACAAACGAACAACUAGUGAAGCGAGUAGCGGAUCUAGAAGCUCAACUACGCAGCAACCGUAUCGCGCCCAUCUCUGAUCCAUCCGUCGCACUCCCGCCGAGGAAGAAGCAAAAACAGGAUCGUCCUUUCGAUGCUAGUCGCUACCAUACCAGACACAUUGCAUUGAAGUUUGCGUACUUGGGACAGAGAUACAAUGGCUUCGAACAUCAUUCUGGAAAUAAGACACCGUUGCCUACGAUUGAGGAAGAGUUGUGGAAGGCUUUGAUCAAGACACGCUUGAUCUUUCCUACAAGAGCUGGACAAUUGAAGGAAGGAGAGAUUGACUGGGAAGGCACAGAUUACUCGAAAUGUGGAAGAACAGACAGAGGUGUCAGUGCCUUUGGCCAAGUCGUCGGUAUUCGCGUCCGCAGUCUCAAGCCAAUGCCAAAGGAAGAAAAGCCAGUGGAAGAAAACACGGACGAGAUGCAAGGCAUUGAGGGGAAUGCGAAAGAAGAGGCCAAGAAGAAGGAGGACAAGAAGCCACAAAAGCCUUGGGAUCACAUUGCAGACGAGCUACCGUACAUUCAACUGCUCAACCGUGUCUUGCCCGAAGACAUCAGGAUGCUCGCUUGGUGUCCUACCCCUCCUGCCGACUUCAACGCCAGAUUCAACUGCCGUGAACGACGAUACCGAUACUUCUUCACUCAGCCGGCUUUUGCGCCUGUGCCCGGACAUGCAGGUCUCAUGAAGACAGCCAGUGGAAAAACAUUAAGAGAAGGAUGUUUGGAUAUCGAAGCUAUGCGCGAUGCGGCAAAGAGAUAUGAGGGUGCCCAUGACUUCCGCAACUUCUGCAAGGUGGACCCGGCGAAACAGAUUACAAACUUCGAGAGGAGGAUCUUCAAGGCGUCGAUCGAGGAGGUGGACGUGAGUCGGGCUCCUGCAGGCUUCAUUUCGCACCCGGCAUUUGCUCAGCAUGCGAACGAGGUCCCUAAGACGGGCUCGAGUUAUGACAUGAGCAUUCCGAAGAUAUACACAUUCGAUGUGAACGGCUCAGCUUUCUUGUGGCAUCAGGUCCGCCACUUGGUCGCUGUGCUGUUCCUAGUUGGCCAAGGUUUUGAGCCACCGUCGAUCGUCUCGGAUCUGCUGGACAUGGACAAGUACCCGACAAAGCCGAAGUACGAGAUGGCGACAGACGCACCACUAGUCUUGUGGGACUGCAUCUUCCCCGAUCACGAAGACAAUGACAAAAGUAGAGAGGACGCAAUGAACUGGGUAUACGUCGGUGAAACUGGUGGUCGUGAAACCAACAAGCGCCCCGACCUCGAUGGUGGCGAUAGCAAAUUCGGCAAAGGAGGAAUCAUGGACUCGAUCUGGGAGGUCUGGCACAAGCGCAAGAUCGACGAGAUUCUGGCCGGUAGUCUGAUGGAUAUCGUUGCCGCACAAGGCAAGCGAUCGCCUGCGGAUGUCAAGCUGGCGCCAGUGACGGAGAGGAGUCCUAGAUUGUUCGAUGGAGGAGAUUGGCCAAAACCUGUGGGUACUUAUGUUCCCAUUGCUCGCAAGCAGAGAAUGGAGCCUGUGGAGGUGGUGAAUGCCAGGUAUCUUGAGCGCAAGGGUCCUUACAAGCCCAAGUUCAUGCGCAAGGACGAUGGGGACGAAUAG